UAAAAUAUCUGGGCGAAACAUUUUGUUAUUGCUUUUGGAUUUUUUCUAUCUGACAGUUUGUCUACGCCGCACAUGUGUAUGUGCUGUUUUCUCCUUUGCAUUUUGUGCCUGCGUUUUGUUUUUGUUAAGCGCCAUCCAUGUGCUCUGCCGUUUUCGCUACCCCAAGAACAGCAGUCGAGUUUUGUUUUUGGCGGUGUUUUAACGUGUAUGCAGAACAUUUAUUGUGGCUUUUGUGUUUAUAUAUUAUUAUUUUUUGCUUGCUUUUUUGAAUAAAAUUGUGAUUAAAAGACUCCAGAAAUGUCAGUACAAGUGCUUAAUAACUAAAUUAAUAUUUCCAAUGCCAAGCGUAGUGCUAUAAAUAUUUAAAUUCACUGAAAUUUUUUUAUUUUUACAAGUGAAAUAAAAUGAGGCUGGUCAGCAGAAAUUUCGAUAAAGGCGCACAGGGUUCCGUCACACUAAUAGCGGAAGAGCCCGAGGAUAUGUGGCACACAUACAAUCUGAUUGCUGAGGGCGAUCAAGUACGCAGCACAACCAUACGAAAAGUGCAAAAUGAGUCAGCGACAGGCUCCUCGACGAGUAAUCGAGUACGCACCACACUAACAAUUAGUGUUGAGUCCAUAGACUUCGAUACACAAGCAUGCAUGCUUCGCUUAAAGGGACGUAACAUCGAAGAGAACCAAUACGUCAAGAUGGGCGCCUAUCACACACUCGAUCUGGAGUUGAAUCGAAAAUUCGAACUGCGCAAAGCCGAAUGGGACACAAUAGCGCUGGAACGCAUUGAAAUGGCCUGCGACCCCACACAAUCAUCUGACUUGGCGGCGGUUGUGAUGCAAGAGGGUCUUGCCUAUGUAUGUUUGAUUACCGCUAGCAUGACAUUGGUGCGCAGCAAAAUCGAGGUGUCGAUACCGCGCAAGCGCAAAGGUCACACGCAACAACACGAGAAGGGACUGGCAAAGUUUUACGAGAGCGUGAUGCAAGGCAUAUUGAGACAUGUGAAUUUCGACGUAGUCAAGUGUGUACUGAUCGCCUCGCCGGGUUUUGUGCGUGAUCAGUUCUUCGAAUAUAUGUUUCAGCAGGCGGUGAAAGGUGACAUCAAACUACUGCUGGACAAUAAGAGUAAGUUCAUACUUGUACGCUCGUCGUCGGGCUUCAAGCAAGCCCUCAAGGAGGUGCUGCAAGAUCCCAGCGUUAUGGUAAAAAUAUCCGAUACCAAAGCCGUUAGAGAAGUUAAAAUACUGGAACAAUUCUAUAAUAUAUUGCAUUGUGAGCCCGCUCGUGCAUUCUACGGCAAGAAGCAUGUGUUGGAAGCCGCCAAAGCGAUGGCGAUAGAAACCCUACUCAUAUCGGAUAAUCUAUUCCGCUGUCAAGAUGUAAAUCAACGAAAAGAAUAUGUAAAUUUAGUUGAGUCCGUACGUGAUGCGGGUGGCGAGGUGAAGAUAUUCUCCAGCAUGCAUAUAUCGGGAGAACAACUCGCCAAUCUGACUGGCAUAGCGGCCAUUCUGCGCUUCCCCAUGCCUGAACUUGACGACAGUGCUGACGAUGAUGAUGACUCUGCUGACUCAGAAUAAUUUUCAUGCGUAGCUUAAGUGCAGCUUUUAAGCAUUAUAUGAUACAAAUUUAGUAGUUAAUAGUAAUUUAAAGCAAGAAAACAUUUCGACAAAUAAUAAAUUUUACUAAUUAAUGUAUAUAAGAAUAAUCCAUUGGAUAGUCAACAAUAUCGCUUAAGUUGUUCGUGUAUAGUGAAGAUUAUUUUUUAUUAAAUUAAAAAUGUAUGGCUGUUUCACUGAU